AUGACCGGCAAAGGCAAGAAGCGCAAGAUUUCUAUGAAGCAGGGGCAUAGUAGUAAUCAAAUGAGCAAUAAUAAACCGAAGCAGAAGGCUGCAAAGAAGCCUCAGCAUUCAGAUCGUAGACGUGAGCAGCAGCAGCAGCAGGAAGAAGAAGAAGACGUGGAGAUUGACGAGGAAGAUGUCGCAUUUUACGAGAAGAAUGCCGAGUUUACAGAGUUUUUAGCUAAUAUGGACACGAAAGCAUUAAGUAAACCAAUUGAAUUUACUAGUGAUAAGAAGAGGGCGUUAAAAUCUGUCAAGUUACAGGACGGAGAGAUCAAAGACAAGAAAGAUGAGGAUAUACCACUAGAAAAGUUGGAAGCGCAUCCACGUAAAGCUGCAUGGACGACAGAUAAGGAAGAAAUGAUGAAGGAUAAACUACCGGUUAAAUUUAUGGAUGGAAGUGUCCAUACUAAUAAACUUUUGGCUGAGGAAAUGAAGGUAUCCAAGGACGUAGAGGCUAAUGGAAGAUGA